GCGCGCGAACACACACACACUCACACACACUGACACGCCAGCGAGCUGCUGGUCGCUCAAUGGACCGAUUUCCCUGCUUCCCCUGAUCCCAGCCCAGCCCGGGAUGAGAAAUUGCAAAAUGGCCCGGGUCGCCAGUGUGCUGGGACUGGUCAUGCUCAGCGUCGCCCUGCUGAUUUUAUCGCUCAUCAGCUACGUGUCCCUGAAAAAGGAGAACAUCUUCACCACUCCCAAGUACGCCAACCCAGGGGCGCCCCGAAUGUACAUGUUCCACGCGGGAUUCCGGUCACAGUUUGCGCUGAAGUUUCUAGAUCCGUCAUUUGUGCCCAUUACGAAUUCUCUGACCCACGAACUCCAAGAGAAACCUUCUAAGUGGACAUUUAAUCGGACAGCGUUUUUACAUCAAAGGCAAGAAAUUCUUCAGCAUGUCGAUGUAAUAAAAAAUUUUUCUUUGACCAAGAAUAGUGUUCGGAUCGGACAACUGAUGCACUAUGAUUAUUCCAGCCAUAAAUAUGUUUUCUCUAUUAGCAAUAACUUCCGAUCACUGCUUCCAGAUGUGUCACCCAUUGUGAAUAAGCAUUUUAAUAUUUGUGCUGUGGUUGGAAAUAGUGGGAUCCUGACAGGGAGCCGGUGUGGACAAGAAAUAGAUAAGUCAGAUUUUGUUUUCCGUUGCAAUUUCGCCCCUACGGAGGCUUUCCAAAGAGAUGUUGGAAGGAAAACCAACCUUACCACCUUCAACCCCAGCAUUCUGGAAAAAUAUUACAACAAUCUCUUGACCAUUCAGGACCGUAACAACUUUUUCCUCAGUUUAAAAAAGCUCGAUGGGGCCAUUCUUUGGAUCCCUGCAUUUUUCUUCCACACUUCAGCAACUGUUACCAGGACAUUAGUUGACUUUUUUGUUGAACACAGAGGUCAGUUAAAGGUCCAAUUGGCUUGGCCUGGAAAUAUAAUGCAACAUGUCAACAGGUACUGGAAAAACAAACAUUUGUCACCCAAACGGCUGAGCACAGGUAUUCUUAUGUACACCCUUGCAUCAGCAAUAUGUGAAGAGAUCCACUUGUAUGGAUUUUGGCCUUUUGGAUUUGACCCCAACACAAGGGAAGAUCUUCCAUACCAUUACUAUGACAAAAAAGGAACCAAAUUUACCACCAAGUGGCAGGAGUCACACCAGCUGCCUGCCGAGUUCCAGCUGCUGUACCGAAUGCAUGGGGAAGGGCUCACCAAGCUGACUCUGUCACACUGUGCCUAAGACUUUGAACAGAAAGUGCCAAAUGGCCAUUUAAAAAGUGCCCCAAAUCAAAUGGAAUAGUCUUCAGAAUAGAACCCUAGAGAAUUCCUUAUAAAGAUUGUCUGCCAUUUAAAAGGAAAGAUGUCUCUCCCUCUUUUGCACUGCUCUUUUAAGGGUCUUGGCAAGACAAACGAAGCCACAUGACUCAAACUUGAUUGAUAAAGGGAAUGUUGCAUUUGGAACUAUGCUGCUAAUGAAAUGGUUUGAAGUAUUUUCGUGUUUGUAUUUUGAUAAUAAACUGCCUCCCGUUUUUUAUGAGGACUAGAGCUGUAGUUCCCUCAGCUUUGAGAUACAGUCCUCAUAGUCACAGGCCUCUGGCCAGUUUGGGCAGGAUUUUAGUUUUGCCUGGGUGGGAUCAGACUCUUCAAAACGGAAACAAACAAAAAUCGUUGGCAUAUCUCAUCUCUCACUCUCUCUUUUCUCCCUGUCGUUCUCGAUCUCUUUCCCUACAACCCCCUGCCCCACCACUGUGGAGUUUAAUAAUUUGCUAGGAAUCAUAUUAAAUUAGCUUUGCUUGUAUGUGUUGCAAUCUGUACUCGUCUGAUGUGUUCAAGGCUCUGGGUAACUUUGAUGUUUCAUGACAAACUGACCAAAUCAUGAUGGGUCCCCUUAGGAUUUCUUUUAUAAGAAAUGCCUCUUAUGAAGUUCUCACUGGUCCGCGCAGUCAUUCUACAGCAGAACGGUCCCUCUGUGGUGAGUGGCAUAUACUGCAGUGCAUCUUUCACUAAUCACAAAGAAAAUUUUUGUCAUGGGUGGCAUUGCAUCUUUUGACAUGAGUGCUAUUAUGGCAAAUCAUUCUAUUGCCACAUCUGCAAGAGUAUUCCAGCCUGAAUUUAGUGCCUCCCACAAUCUCAACCCAAGCACUGGGCUGGGAAUUCUCUCAGAAUAUAGAGGCAAUGAGUCAGCUUAAGAGCCUGGAACAUACAGAGGAAAAGGAAGAAGAACGCUUAGAAGUUGUUAUGGAAUCCCCGUAUGCCCUAAAGCGUUGUAACCAUGGUGCCCAUUCAGAGUCUUUGAAAACCAGGAGGGUUAGAGCAAAAUAGAAGAUCUGAAGUUGACCAGGACAGGCACCCCGUGACUAGGGCUGAGGGGAGGUCAUCUUCAGUAUCAUUGUGUCCACCAGCACCACUCAGAACCAUUUGUUCUCUUCAAGACAAUUGUAGACACUGGAUAGUCCCUUUUUCCACUGAAAUCUGUAUAUCUAAAUCUGUAUAUCUAAAAAUGAAAUAAAAUCUGUAUACCUAAAAAUUAAGCAUUUCAUAAGGAAAAACCAUUGGGUAAUAGGAAGAUUUGGUACAAAAUAACCCUUGGAAUUUGAGCUGUGUAGACCUGGCAUGAAGUAAUUAGUUGGCUAUUUUCUUUUUUUAUUAUAUCAGCCUCAGAAGUAGAAAUCACAUCACUCCCACUCCUGGGUUUUCACUGAGCAGCACUUUGUUCUUCCAGUUCAGCCCAAAGUCUGGCCAAGUUGACGUUAAAUUUUAAUAAGAGUUUCUUUCUUCUUUCCAAAUGCCAGUCAAGCACAUUUGUAAUACAUCUGGGUGGGGUAGCUUGUUCUUUUCCAGAAAUCUCAGCCUAGAUUGCUUGUAAUGUUACAAAUGCUGUUUAAAAUAAUUGCUGUAGUUCAGUAAUCAGCUCACUGUCCCUCUUUGGGAAGGUAUCAUCAUGCCCAGAGUUAAACCAAAUGCAGUAAGGAAAGACAUAGUUCUUAUGCUCAUCUGCCUCCUGGUCCUAAAGGGGAGCUGUCUUAUCCUCAUGUUUUUCAGAAAGCUCAUCAGAGCAGCUCACAUUGAUCCAGAUAUUAACUAGUGAAAGAAAAACCGUAUGGGUUCAAAUGUGUUACCAAUUGUGACACAUCUUACAAUGCUAUAUGAAUGGCAAUCCAAACAGACAGGAAGAAAUAGGAAUAGAUGUUUCGGAAUGGGAAACACUAACACAGCUCAAUACUUGAAAUAAUUAGAAGGUGAGACAGUAAAAAAACAUUUUUAAAUUCACUGGUAUAAUUUGAUGGGCAUCAAAACCACCUCAUGUUUCCUGUCACUUUAAAGAGGACAGUACUCCAGUGCUCAUGCUGUGCUCUGUUAGGGUCACUGCGAGAUUGAUAACUGACAGAAUUGUUUAGUUGGCUCUUCCUAAGCACUUAGUUCAUUUGGUUACAGCUAAGUGAUAUUAAUGCCAACGUUACAUGGGCCAGAUCCUGACUCUGGAGUUUUAAUCCCAAUGUGCCCAUUAGAUUUCACUAAAUAUAAAUAUGUAGACACAUUGAACCAGGCAGGUUAAAAGACCAAAAGACCAAAAUCCCUAAAAACAGUUCAUUGUUCUAUGGUAGACCUCAUCAUAAUGCCAUUUUUGGUUUGGGGUUUUUUGUUCGUUUGUUUUUUGUUUUUGUUUUUUUGGUUUGGGUUUUUUUUUUGUCUUUUCAAGUUCAGGAAGACAUUUUACAUCUCACAUCACUCUUGCCUCCAUCUUAACAUCAGAGUGAGAGGAUUUUUCCAUCUCCCAACACCAUUUCAUCUGUCGCUUUCACAAGAACUCAGAAUACUGAAGAAACAGGCUUGUUUCCCAGAACCAGAGGGCUUAGAGAUCAGGCUUAUCCUGUUGCCAGGCAGGACAUCCUGGAACUGAUCCAAAAGACCACCUUUCCCUUUUCUUAAAAAAUCUCUGAAGAAAGCCCCAAGCCCUGCCAUAGUGGUUAACCACAAUUCUCAUACCUUAUAAAUUCUUUCUGCACAGCCUAUCUCCCUCCUGUUUGAAAAAUGAGACUCUGGAUGUGGGUAAAGCUUCUAUCCCAGUUUUCAGCUUGUAGUAAGCACUCAGUAUAUGGCAGCUUUUACUGUUGCUUCUUUUGUUUGUUGUGCCCUUGACCUGUAGUUCCAGCAUAGAGAAACUCAGCCUCUAGCUGAUCAUUCACAAUCUCUUUUUGUUUUUAAAGACGGUUUCAAAAAUCAAAUCUAUAUGACCACUGUCGCGACCAAAAGAGUCGGCGGGUCCCCUGAGUCCUGAUUCGAAAGGCAGUAGUGUAAGUAACCAGAACUCCGGGGCUGUGCGGUCAAGAGCAGUGAAACACGCAGACAGGACUAUUGCAUCCCCCUUUCUGGUUCAGCUCAGAUACAAACCCCUGGCUUGUGCAUUGCCCUUGCUUUAUUGGUUCUAGGCUACGUGCAUCCUUUUGUCUGGGAUCCUCACAGCAGAAUUCACCCUCAGCUAUUGGAAUAAAUUCCACCAUUAAGCCCUCAAGGCCAUCUAUGUAUGAUACCAACACAAAUGACCAAGUCAGUUGCAGAGGAGAAAAAAGCCCACAAACAUUUAGUGACCAGCUUAAUGCCAGUCCCUCAACCAGUUUUCAUUGGUUGUUCUGAGAGUCAUGUGCAGACAUUUAAACCAGGGGAUAGAGAGCUAAAAUGAGGUAUCAAGAAUUCCCCACACACCCAGAAAUCUUUCCCAUAUUUGAUUAUUAAGACAUUUACAGUUCCUCUGCCUUUGCUUCUGUGUCUCAAGUGUCCUUGACCAUUGAAAAGUGCUAUGAGUGCGGUACCAUUUGCCUGUGACCUUGAUGUCGGGCGCAUGACCAUGGGGCUGCCAGCCAGGACGUGUAAGGGGAGAGGUUCCUCCAGUCUCCUUGUGCCCGGGGCCUCCAGUUAUCUACGAAUGUGAGUGCCAUGAUUAACCUAAUUUGGUGGGGAAGCUAAGGAAGGGAAGAGCAUUUCCUCUGACUUUGGGCUACACAGUAGUUGUUAGACACUCUCAGACAGCAAAGAAAGGUUGACCUGAGGCCAGAGGAAGCAGGGACGAAUUGUAGAACCAUAGGAUACCACAAAUGGAAGAGCCUUUCAGCUUCUCUAGUCCUAAUCCUUGAUGCUACAAAUGAGAAAUCCUUGAUGCUACAAAGGAGAUGCUACAAAGGAGGAACAGAGAGGCUAAGUGAUUUUCCCAACAUUGCAUAAUCAGUAGAAAAAGUAUGACUCCUCAUCUCCUCCUCAUCAGCAUUAAAUGAAGAUGGGCCCAAAAAGAAAGUAUUUUAGUCUGGGGUCCCCAUGGCACAGAAAAUAAGUCCAGACUGUAAAGGAGGAAAAUUUAUUCUCUUCCCCGCCCCCAAAAAAUAUUUAUUUGUCAAUGUAAAACAGUAAAGGAGAUGAUUGCCUAGGCAUACAACAGUCCAUUGGUAAUAACCUACAUUCUCCCCUGAAAUGAGAGAAAACCCACUUGGUAAAUCAUGAUUCUGGUAAAUCACAAUUUAGUUACUAACAGUUCACAUUUGACAGCUGGAAUCUUAUCCAGUAAUUCAGUAUUCACCUUAUAAAACAUUGUUUUAGCAAUAUGUAUGCACAACUUAAAAUUGAAUACUGAGAAUAGUUAUGUACUUCUUUUUAAAUUUUUUAUUCAGUUUAUUUAACCUAAAAAAAAAAAAAAAAAACCCCACUUGUUGUGUUGCUCCAUUUGUCUUAUUUUCAGCUGGGGCCUGUUAAGGUAAGGAAUACCUUUUGUCAAUGCCUUCCACAUUGUAAGUAAUUUCAACAGCAGACUUUGCAUUACUGCAUUAGUUCAAUAUGCUGAGAAGAUGUGCAAAUAAUAACGAAUAAUGUUGAGCUGAGUUUUCAUGUGCAAAAUAACAGACCAAACGAUUUUCUGUAUAAAUCUGGAUCCUUAAGUCCUUUUCCUCUAAUUGUUUAAAUGUGCCAGGCAAAAGUAUCUGUUAAGCCUCUACUUCUCCCUGAAUAUGCAGAACUGUGCUUUUGCUUACAAAGAUUGCUGGGACUGUGCAUAUGUGGCUGAAAAACCCAGAUGGAGCAGCACAGGUGCCAGAGACCCCCCUGGGCCACCUGGCUGACCUCUCUGGGCUCUGUGGCCCGAUUAAUCAAGGCCACGGAUGAACUGACACCAAGGACCAAAAUGACUAAAUAUGCCUCUCUCACACUCUGAUUGCUUUGCCACAUAGAUAUAACAUUUGAAAUGGGAAACAUUUUAGAAUGUAAUUAUUGUAUUACACAGUAUUUCCUAAAAUUUGUUUUUAUUGUGUUGACUUAUUAUUGAAGAUACGUGUUUUAAUAGAUGCUCUUUUCCCUCAAUGAAGCCCAUUCUCAUGUUGUUAAUUACAGUGGAAUCACAGUGAAGAGGCUGUCACAGAAAAACUGACUCCAAUCUAAGAUUACAAUGGGGUUAUGGGGUUAGGACCUGGAUUAUGCUGCUGAUCCACCAGCAAACAAAGCUGUAUGACAUGAGGAGCUCUUUAAAACACAACUCUUGCGCCCCACCCCAGACCUUUGACUCAGAAUGUCUUGGGAUAAGCUAAGCUUACAAAGAUUCCCAGGUGAUUCUGAUGUUGCCAGCAUUUGGAAACAAAUAAUGUAUAGCAAAGUCAUAUAUACCAUUUUGACCAAAGUAGCUGAAUGCUUAUCACUCCUCAUGCAAUUAGUAUCACAUCUGUUCCUUGAAGUUAUCAUAAUACACGGCAAUAACAGACACAGUCUUAGUGACUCAACUAUUCAACUGUUUUGGCUGAACUGACCUGUCACUAAUUUGUAAGCAAAUAGUAACUGGUUAAUUUAGACAGAAUGGAUACAAGCCUGAAGACAGUUGAAGUGAGGGACAUAGCUUUAAUAUACUUUACCCCAGGGCCAGCUCUUUAUAUUUCACUUUUGAUAUUUCAAACGAAGAGGCAGAUCUCAGGUCAUUCAUCUUUACAAACAGACAGACUGAGAAACAGGGAAGUUAAAUGAUUCAUUCAGAUUCUACUUGGAUGUCAUUCCCAGAGCCUAAAAUAUUCCUAAAGGGUUCUGAUUUCUCAACCUAUAGGUAACGCCCAAAAUGCAAAGAUCCUCACGUUAAAACGAAACCAAUCAAAAAAGGAAAUUCAAGAAGUCAAAAUUCUAAGACUAACUGAAGCAGCUAUCACUGGCUGCCAUGUAUCAGCCUCUGUUGGGUAAGGUGCCACCGCGCUAGUGAAGUUUUGGCCAGGCUCCUUUUGCCAGCUGUGCACAUGCAAAGCCUUUAAUCAUCAGAGACGCUAAAGGGCUCCUUUGAUUAUCUUUCUGUGGGACUCUGAGACAAUUGUAGCUCUUUGGUGUGCUGCUAAAUAUUUAACAACUGACCCUGGAGAAGGUGGAGCCCUCCUGUGUAGCACUUGCCAAUUCCCAUGGUAUAAAUACUCUCAACAUAGACAGUUUCAAGCUCCUAACUUGCUGUCAACCAGGUGAAUAUGUAACAACAGCUUUUCAGGAGCCACUAUGGGCUGGCUCCAGCACAGCCCUGCCUGGGCAUCUUCGGAGUCCGAGAGAACCAAACAGGGGAGGCUCGCAGCGGCUUUGGAGAAACUCCCAAGUGCCCCCUCCCUGCAAGGAGGCACUUCUACUUUGGUUAGAUCUACUAAUUUUUAGUAUAUUAUUGGGUCCUUGAGGCUAAGGACUCUAAGGUGUGCAAAAUAUUUCCUAGCCAUGUGACUCUUAGGAACCUCUCAACAGGCCACUCAGUCCUCUGGGAGACUACCCGCCAUGGUUGAGCUUCCAGGUAUACAUCCUGUAAUUUAACUGCCAGUUGAAACCAUUUUUGGCUGAUCUUUUCUCAUAUCCUAUGGUCCAUUGCCUGUUUCCCCAAAUCUCUAAUUUUCCCUGUCCACUUGCUUCUCAUUCUCUGACACAGCACCCAGAAAUCAGUGCCUGCACAGGAGCAGGGGAAGAACAAACAACCAGUAGGCUUACCUAGUCCCGCCACACCUGGAGAGGCUCCAUGGUUCAAAUGUCUCUACCCCAUUAAGGGAAAUCUGCUAAGUCUCAUGCCCAAGGCUUGAGUAUGCACUCAGCUGGGCUUUUUUUGCCCACAAAAAGUUUCUAAUGGGCAAUAAAGACCACAGUUAGGAACACCACUGGAUAAACUUUGUAGAGGAAGACAUCAUGUGAUGCCGCCCUUAGCUAUGCUAGUGUAAGGCUGGACCCUGAGAAAACCUACCAACAAACGUUUGGCCACUGUAGUCCCCUGGGCAUUGAGCAAUAGUACUACAACUUUCCUUCUUCCUCCCACUAGCUGUAAGUGAAUGCCCUACUUCACAGAGUGUUUAGAAAUCAGACACUCUGGUGAACCACAAAACAAGCUUUGUUUGCAAAUUAAAGAUUUUUCUGAUGGAAAUCAUUCUUAGGUGGAUUUGAUUCAAUCCUUUGGAAGGCAACACUCGAAAAAGAGUAUUUAAUUCCUCAAACAUGAUAAGUGGACACAGGCUUUCAUUCUGUAUGUAGUAAAUCAAAAUUAGAUCAUAACAGGGAAAAUCUACUUUCCUUACUGUAGUAAAAUAUCCUUCAGGGUCUGUAAGGCAUUUCUAGACUACAAAUGUUUGAAACUCAACUGAAACAUUGUCUAUCUUAAGUUUAAAAGGCCAGAGUAGCCUUCUGUUUUCUGUACUCUUUAGCAGUCAUUGAAAUGAGCUUGCUUCUUUAUACUGAAUAAGCUACAUUUUGUUGUAAAUAAAUCAGGUAUAUGUUCAGAUGUUUUUCUAUACUCAACAAAUUGCCUGUAGCCUCAGCAAAAAAUAUACCUUCAUCCCCUGGCUUUUUUCUGGACACCAAAGAGAUAAGUCCAUAGCUACAAGCAGAAAGGACUUGACAGUAGGCCCCAUUUUAUUAUGAACAAAUUCACAGCAAAACCAGCCUUGAGGAACCAGUCACUCCCACAAUAUUUUUAGCUAGGGAAGUAGGUUAGAAAAAAUGGUAGAUGACGGGAGAGGGGUUUGAUCAAUGUGCAGAUGUGGAAUAAAGUCACUGAAGUACUUACAAAAAGGAAAGGGGAGGUUUCCCUCUGAAAUCUGGAAUCUAGAUCAUUCUGCAAGACUUAGAAUAAUUGGUCUCCAUGUCUAAACACCCUUUAACUACAUUUCAAAAUCCAAAUCUAAGCCCUUAUUAUGCGAAAAGCAGCCUUACAGCCAAGAGCCCUGGGGAGGGGUUUGUUGAUGAGUUGAGAUCCAAUCACCAACCAUCAGCAAUCAGCGCUGAAAUUCUCCCAGGACACAGAACAAAAAUACUGAAACAUAACCAUGCAGCAUCAUGCACUCACAUAGGAGAGUCAACUACGUGCAGAGCAGAACCUCACAGGUCUAGACAUUAUCUCAGGUCUAGAUUCCAGAUCAACAUCUUCAACAAGGAGAUGAGACAGCUGAGGUCCAGAAACUGGGAAAUGAUUUAGCUGCCCAGCUAGUUAACUGCAGUUAGAGUCGGGGUCUCCCAACCACUGAUUCUACUCCAGCACACCAUGCUGCCUCCAUUCUUUAGAUGGGAAGCUGACAAUCCAUUGUAAAGCAUAAAUCAGAAAUCAAGACAAAAGAAUGUUUGUGAUAUCUUUUCUCACUUGACCUACUUGGUUUCACAGUUUCAUUUCAGCAUCUUUUUAAAGAAUGUUAUACCACUGUAGAAGGAGGAACAAAGCUCUUUUCAGAGUGAUGAUGAAACCAAAAGGUGGGAGAACAGUGAAUGUAAAUUAAAGAAAAGAGCAAGAAGCAUGCAUCAGGGAAAAAUGCUUCUUAUAUUGUCAUAACAUAGAGCCCUCCCCUCACACACUUGAUGCAUUUAUUUUGGAAAACGUCAUUUUAUGCUGAGAGACUGGCAUUGAAGACUUCACUCCUUCUCAACUACAUCAGAAGCACUCUUGCUCUUGGGGAGAAGCUGCGGCCCUUCGGAUCAGACUCCUAUCUCCUUUGACGGGCAGCCUCAGCUGCCCUGAGAAACAAGGUGCCAGAUGGACAGGGCCACGGAGACCUGAAAGGAGCCAGCACUGCUGGACUGAGGAACAUGUAAAUACCUUCCACCUUCUUGGUAAACAAGGAUGACUUUCUUUUGUAGAGGUAAUCGUGUGUAUCUUGUGACUGUAGCGUGUGAAGAGAACGCAAUGAUCUGCUUCGACGUCUCCCCAGAUGCACCUGCUCCAUGUGACCAUGCCUGCCUCAUUGCCUCAUGUGCCAAACACAGUACUGAAUGCAUUGUUUUUGAAUAAACUCUUCUACUGUGCAUUG